GCUGCAUUUAUAUUUGUUAUCUUUGAGUAAUGUGUUUUUAAAUAAAUAUUAUUACUCUUAAUUUUUUAAAUAAUUACGCAUUUUAUUGUUUUAAACUUAGGCGAGGUAUGAGGUAGGCGUCAAUGAAUGUUGAAUUUUUAACGGCAUCAUUAAAUUAAUAAUUUUAAAAAUAAAAGUUAUUUUGCAUGUAGGGUAAUUUAAUACUGGGAGGUUAUAUUCCAUUUUAUAUAUAUAUAAAAAGAAAAUAACUAUAAAAUCGAUCCAGACACGUAACCUGAUUGGUGGGGCACGAGGCCAUGCAGACGGAAACUAUGGACGACUUGAUACAAAUCAAAGCUGGGUCGCACGAGAUCCAGCGUCGCAUCGCCAGCUUCAUGAGGAGCAAGCGGGAGCAGCUGAACCUGGGCAACGUUGCGGACUUCUGCUGCCACGGCGGCUUCCAGCCCGAGUCGUCGUGCGCGCGCGUGGACGCAGUGUUUGUGUGCCGGAAGGACAGCAAGAGCCACCUGCGAGUGCGGCGAGUGUUGAACGAGUGGGGCCCGCAGACAAGAGGCGUCAAGGAAGCGAAUGAAGAAGAACCGAAGGAGGAGAUGGUAAAAGCUCCAGAAGGUGUUGAGGAGAGACUCAGGGCUGCGGAAACCCAUCUAAAGAUAGAUGGGCCUGUUCCUAGUGACAUCUAUGAACGAAUCAAGAACAUAGAAGAUAGAAUACUUUAUCUGGAAGGACUUUCCCCGGAAUACUUUCAGUCUUCGAUGCCUAAUAAUUCAAGCAUGUGGGACUCGAAGCAUUCUGCAAAGAAACGUAAAUAUUCUGUUGAUGAUUUAAAUAGUAAAAUACAGAAUCUACAAAAAAAACUAACUAUGUAAGAAGCUUACGGAGAACGAGAAUGUAAUAAAAUUAUGUACUUAUAAAAAAUACAUAAAACUAUACACUAGUCAAAAAAAAUAAAAAUAUAAUAUUAAAUUCUUUUAGAUGACUAGAUAUUAUAUAGUUAUGGCCUUUAGAAAUUUUGAACUUAUCAAUGAACCUGUAAGCCCAUUUUACAGACAUGUACAGUUUCACUGUGUGAACGUAAUCCUGUGUGUGUUUCAUGUUCAUGACGACACACUUUUGAUGCUUGGCCUCUGAUUUUUUUUGCAGUUUCACCACAGAUUUUUAAUUGCACAAAUGUAAACUCUUUAAUAAUGUGAGCUUAGCACGUUUGCAGAAUUCUAUGAGGGCUAAAUUUUAUGUUAUUAGUUGAAAUGGCAUUGUUUAGUGUUAUAAACAUUUUUCCUAAUAAGAACUUAUUUGAUAAAUUUCUCUCUCUUCAGUUACUGUAUUGUAUUUACCCGCAGAACAGUCUCCCCUUUGCAUGGGCCAGGCCGCACCUAUAAUUUGGGUCAUAAAAAUCAAACUUUUUGGUUUAAGGGUCUCCCUCGAAUAUGAGUCGCACCAUAUACCUGUCUACAGUAGAAUAGAAGUGAAAUCUUUGUUCCUUGUCUCAGCUUAUUUGCGUAAGAAAUAUGGUACUUAUGUUAACCCUCGGUCCUCUUUUUGUCUACUUUCUGUGCUACUUUAUUACUGUAGGAGGGAGUGAAGUGGGGGGGGUUUUUGCAGCCACAUUUCUCCCUCUCACCCCUACUGCUUGAUGAUCCCUCCUAAUAACAGAAGACAGCAGUGUAUCCCUUCCCGGCUAUUGUAUUUUUUUUAAACCAGAAUUUUUCCAGAAUAGAAAAACAAAACAGGAAGCUACCCUUUCUUGAAGUUUCUUGUAUAUAAACUAGCAUGCACGGUACAAUCAGCGAGAAAUUUGUUCGUGCGGGAGCUGAAGAAUGGUAAAAAGCCGGACUUAGAAGUGCGGCUUUCAAAGCACCAAUCACGGCUGUAGUUUUGUCAUGGAAUGUUUCUUUUGAAAGCUGAGGAAUCUCACGCAAAAAACAAUUAUGUUGGGUCACAGUUGCCUCCUAAUAACCUGUCAAAAUAGACACUUGGAGAUAUAUUGUGCCAUUUCGCGGACAUUUACAAGUGUGGAAAAGAGCGGGAGGGAGGGAGGGAGGGAGGGAGGGAGAACUGUUUACACUUUCUAGAUUACCCCUCCUCCAACCGAAUGCCAGCCCAGCAAGUUACGUCACUCGCCAACCAUGGCAGCCAUUCAUAGUGCUUUGCACAGACUGCUCAGAUAUUUUAACUACAAUUUAUACUUACUCGUAACAUUUUUAUUAAAAACCAACACAGGAUAGUUAUUUACACAAAUACCCAAGACACACCACAAUUAUUAUUAUUUUUUUUACCUAAAGUUAUUAAUUUGCAUAAGAAUCUCACUAUACUUUUUUUAAACUAAAAAUCGGCACAAAAUGUGCUACCCAUAUGCCGGUAAAUACGGCAUUUUUAAAUUGAAUAAUAACUGCACAUUGCAGUUAUGAGCAAUCUUUUUGUUUCCCACUUUUCAUUUGUCCUGGAUUUACAAUGUACUAAUGUAAUUUUUAUGAUAUAGACUUUUUGGGUAAUCAGCCAAGUUUUUUUGUAAUGUUGCAAGCAUAUGUAUUUGGUUUUAUUGUUGACAUGCCAGCUUGUAAGUCAUCAAAUACAAGUUGAUACAUGUCUACCGUAUGCAUCAAGAUGUGAGAUAUGUGUAUCAUAAGUGAAAAGUAAAAUAUUUUUAUAAUUUUGUUAAUGUAGUUUUCAAUGUCUAUAAUUAAAAAUUGUUAUCAUUACUAUUAAAGUAUUUCAUUUU